UCCGGCUCCGGCAGCAACUUGACUACUACAUACGACUCAGGAUCCGGCACCUUGGUCACCAGACCUCCGAGUGGAGUUUCAGUCUGGACGUGUUCAAAGCUGUGCGCUGUGUUCUUUGUCGCUGGGGUGUUUGUUGGUUAUACGCUUAAGAGAAGGGUUCGAAAGUGGGCUUCCAAAUUGCUCAGGAAAAUAAAGGAUGAUUAAGCUCAAACCUCUGUUUUGCCUUCUACUGCAACAUUGGUACAGUUAACACAAAAGGCAUUGUUACUUAUUCUCCUUCUUGAUUGUAGUUUCAGUUCCAGUUUACUGUGCUAAAGUCGAGGCACCUUUUUAAUGAAACUUUGUGACUAUAUUAGCUUUGUGCCUUGUGGUUAUGGAAAUAGAGAUUGGUUCAUCUUUGAAAA